CUCGUACGUUAUAAAAAAAAUCGUCUCGUGUGCGUCUCUGCUGCUGCUUUGGUUCAAUCUGCACUUCGAUUCUCCAACGAGCUUUCCGGAAGUGUAUGUUGAAUUAUUUCGCUACUGAUUGUUAAUGGAGAGCACGGUAUCAGAUGCACGACCAUCGUUUCCGGUGGACUUGGAGUACCAAUCAGGCUUCGGGAACAGUUUUUCGUCGGAGGCGAUCGCCGGAGCUCUUCCUGGUAACCAGAAUAGUCCUCUAGUCUGUCCUUACGGCCUCUACGCUGAGCAGAUCUCCGGUACUUCCUUCACCACUCCGCGCAAGCUCAAUCAACGAAGUUGGCUGUACCGUGUGAAGCCUUCGGUGACGCACGAGCCGUUCAAACCUAGAAUUCCCGAGCACGAGAGGCUAGUGAGCGAAUUCGAUGAGUCAAAUAGCUACGCAACUCCGACACAGCUCAGGUGGAAGCCGGUGGAAGUUCCGGUGACUCCGACCGAUUUUAUCGAUGGAUUGUACACCGUAUGCGGCGCUGGAAGUUCCUAUCUACGGCAUGGCUUCGCAGUCCACAUGUACACAGCCAACAAAUCAAUGGACAAUUGUGCGUUCUGCAGUGCUGAUGGAGACUUUCUGAUAGUUCCUCAAGAAGGAAGGCUGUGGAUCACCACCGAAUGUGGAAGAUUGCAAGUAUCUCCUGGAGAAAUAGUUGUCAUUCCUCAGGGGUUCCGUUUUGCUGUUGAUCUACCGGAUGGACCCUCAAGGGGAUAUGCAGCAGAAAUAUUUGGAACUCAUUUUCAACUUCCUGAUCUCGGACCAAUAGGUGCUAAUGGUCUUGCUGCUUCAAGGGAUUUUUUAACUCCGGUGGCUUGGUUCGAUCAUGUUUCCCGACCAGGUUACACCAUUGUGCAGAAAUUUGGUGGCAAGCUUUUUACUGCUAAACAAGAUUUCUCUCCUUUCAAUGUAGCAGCUUGGCAUGGGAAUUAUGUUCCAUAUAAGUAUGAUCUGAGCAAAUUCUGCCCGUAUAAUACGGUGCUGAUUGACCAUGCUGAUCCAUCCAUAAAUACGGUUCUGACUGCUCCCACUGAUCGACCGGGUGUGGCGUUGCUUGAUUUUGUCAUAUUUCCACCCCGGUGGUUGGUUGCUGAACACACAUUCCGGCCUCCGUAUUAUCAUCGCAACUGUAUGAGUGAAUUCAUGGGCUUAAUAUAUGGAGGAUACGAGGCAAAAGCCGAUGGAUUUCUUCCUGGCGGUGCAAGCCUUCACAGCUGCAUGACUCCCCAUGGACCCGACACAAUAACAUAUGAGGCCACAAUUGCAAAUGGAAACGAGCCAGGGCCGCGGCGAAUUUCCAACACGAUGGCGUUCAUGUUCGAGUCGUGUCUAAUGCCGAGAGUGUGUCCAUGGGCACUCGAGUCUCCGUUCAGGGAUCACGACUACUACCAGUGCUGGAUUGGCUUGAAAUCGCAUUUUACAAGCCCCGAAGAAACCCAGUUGGAUGUCGACGGCGACGGCGAGGUCGAAGGCUCAAGGUAAGUGAAGGUAUAUAUCCAUCUACCUCUCUAUAUUUGCAGUAUUCUUGGUUUCAUGCUUAUUGUACUUACGUAUCUACACAUGCUUAAGGAAGGGUGUUUGGGUUUUGUUUUUGGAUCA